AUGCCUGCCGAACAACUCAAGGGCUCGAAAACCGGUGUUUUUUCUGCGUCCUUCACGGACGACUGGUCAAGGAUGCUCUCGCAGGAUCCCGACAAUGUCGAACGGACCGCUGCUACAGGCACCGCGGCGUCGCUCAUUUCCAACCGUGUGAGCUGGUAUUUUGACUUGAGAGGUCCUAGUGUCCACAUCGACACGGCCUGUUCCAGCAGUCUCUUCGCCGUCGAUAUGGCAUGCCAGUCUCUGCGGGCCGGCGAAUGCUCAACUGCCCUAGUUACCGGCUCCAGUCUGAUCCUUACCCCUACCUUCACCCACUUCCUGUCAAAUCUCGGUUUCUUAUCCCCGGACAGCAAGUGUUGGGCAUUUGACCACCGCGCCAACGGCUAUGCUCGGGGCGAAGGCUUCAUCGCACUGCUGCUGAAGCCAGUUGCAGCGGCUCUGCGAGAUGGUGACAUGAUUCGCUCCGUUAUUCGGGCUUCUGGUUCAAACCAGGACGGACAAACACCGUCAAUGACACAGCCUAGCCCAAGGGCUCAAGAGGAGUUGAUACGCCAUGUAUAUCAACAGGCAAAGCUAUCCUUUGACAAAACCCGUUACGUAGAGGCACAUGGCACCGGAACACCUGUUGGUGACCCAAUCGAGGUGAAAGCAAUAGGAAGUGUCUUCAGGGGCUCUCGAUCCACUACAGAGCCCCUGUACAUUGGCUCCGUAAAAACCAACAUUGGUCACCUCGAAGGGAGCAGUGGACUGGCCGGUGUUGUCAAAGCCAUCAUAUCCCUGGAGAAAGGCAUCAUUCCACCUCAUGCGCUUUACGAGAAGAUCAACCCGGACAUCGACGCCGAGUUUUACAAUAUUGCGAUCCCGACUGAGGAAGUCGCCUGGCCGAGCCGGGAUUUGCGACGCAUAUCCGUGAAUUCGUUCGGUUUCGGAGGCACAAACACUCACGUUGUCCUCGAUGAUGCGUACCACUACUUACAAGAAAGGGGUCUUGUGGGCAAUCAUUGCACAGAAGCCCCUGUUAGUGCCGAACUGGGCGGUCUUCAUAUCAAAAUCGGCGUCAACAGCACCGGAAUAUUAAAUGGUGCUACAACUGGUAACGUGAAAAACGGAGUCAUUACGAACGGCACAACAAACGGGGCCAAUGGAUAUGUUAAAGGACACAGCGACAGCCUCAAUGGCAUCAAGGGGCCAGUUCCAGGCAAGUCUCGUCUACUUGUCUGGUCUGCUGCAGACGAGAAGGCAGUCAAGCGCACAGUCGAGCAGCAACAGCCCUUCUACAGAGAUCAUGUGGCGGGCAGCCUCACCAAGCUCGACCAGUUCGCCUACACCCUAGCCAACCGGCGAAGCCGAAUGCUAUGGCGGACGUCAGCCAUCAUCACAGAGGGGCCAGCCGACGCAGGAAGCCUACCUAUAGCAAAGCCAGUACGCAGCUCUGGAGAAGUCGGCCUUGGCUUCAUAUUUACUGGUCAAGGUGCGCAGUAUGCGGAGAUGGGAUGGGAUCUCAUUCAGCAAUAUCCACUCUUCGCGGAAAUUCUAGAGCGUAUCAACAAAAUUUACCGCAAGCUCGGCUGCGAAUGGGAAGUACUUGAUGAACUUCAGAAUGGGGAAAACAUCGAUCGCCCCGAGUACAGUCAGCCGCUUUCCACUGCGGUGCAGCUGGCUUUGAUCGAGCUCCUAAGGAGCUUCGAGAUUACACCAAAAGCAGUCAUCGGACACUCGUCUGGUGAAAUUGCUGCUGCGUACGCCAUUGGUGCCUUGUCACUAGAGUCAGCCUGCAAGGUCUCGUAUUUCCGCGGCCAGUUGGCUGGAAAACUGCGAGUUUCCAGUUCUCCAGCCGGCGCCAUGAUUUCGAUUGACCUUGCCGAGGACGCAGUCCCACCCUACCUGGAGAGAAUCAAUGCUGAAGGCGUCAGUAUUGCUUGCAUCAACAGCCCUCUGAACUGCACUUUGUCCGGUCCGGAGAGUGUCAUAGAUGCCAUUAAGAAGCAGGCAGAUGAAGACUCCAUAUUUGCUCAGAAGUUGAAGACAGGCGUUGCAUACCACUCGCCAGCCAUGCUUUCUAUCGCAGAGAACUACAGACAACGGAUAGAAGGUCUUGAAGCUGCCAAGAAGCCUUUCAAUAUUCCCAUGAUUUCGACUGUGACUGGAAAGACCGUCCGUCGUAAUGUUCUGGCCUCAGCACAGUAUUGGAUAGAUAAUAUGGUGUCACCGGUUCGAUUUGCUGACGCAGUUCAUGCAUUGACCCGGCAAUCCUCGACCUGGAAGGCCGGUUUCCUCGGCAGCAUUACGGACUUUGUCGAGAUCGGACCUACCGCGGCACUGCGCCGCCCUGUCAAUGACAUAGUAGCUCAAGCAGGGCCUCGUGCGAAGAAGAUUCGGUACUCGAGUGUUUUAUACAGAAAGCGAUCCGCCGUCGACACUACGCUAGAGCUUGCCGGCCAAUUAUUUGCAUACGGACACCAGGUGUCUAUCACCGCCGUGAACCAACUGAGCAGCGACAUGCCCUUCCUCGUUGACUGCCCCGAGUAUCCGUUUGACCAUUCCAAAAAGUACUGGGCGGAAUCCCGAAUAAGUCGCGACUACAGAUUGCGUGGCAACGUAUCUGGCGAGACAUUGGGGAUGCGAGCAGCGGACUGGAAUCCUCUUGAGCCGAGAUGGAGAAACUUUCUCAGUGUCGAGUCUGAGCCAUGGAUAGCGGACCACAACAUAAGCAACACCGUGAUUUACCCCGCGGCAGGGAUGCUGGUCAUGGCCAUGGAGGCAGCAUUACAAAUGGUUCCUCCUAACCGAACAAUCGCUGGAUACUCCGUCAAGGAAGCGCACUUUAUGAACCCUAUAGUCGUCGGCGAAGCCUGGGAAAACAGGACAGAGACAGUGGUUGAGCUUCGGCCAUUGCAAAAGUCGUACGAGAAAGACUCGACCUGGUCCGAUGUCCGAGUCUUCUGUUAUCGCAACAAAGAAUGGUCUGAGUGUUUUAGGACACAAAUUCAGGUUCAGUACAAGGAGGAUUUGUCUCAACCUGACGUACAGAAGGAAAAAACCCUGUUUGAAGAAGAGGUUCUGCGCCGAUACGAACAAGUCGUUGACAUUUGUACGAGGCCCGUGGACUCACAUGUGUUCUACCGCAACGCCGCCGACCACGGCUUGCAAUACGGUGACUGGUUCCGGCUACUAGAAGACCUUCACUGGGAUGGAAAGGAGAAUGCCGUCGCCCGCAUCGACGUGUGCAAGCCGCAGUUCAGCACGACGAGCCUCGUACAUCCCGCAGUCUUGGAUACGGUGUUCCACAUGCUUAGAGCCAGCUCUCAGGCCUUGGGCUCGGCUGCUGCCACCAACGUCCCCGUCAAGAUGAUCAAUGCCUGGUUCUCAGCAUCGGGCUGGCAGAGCCCGCAAACCAGAUCCCUACGCUGUUGGGGAGCGGCAAACGUGGGACAGGACGCUGGCGAGGAUGGCAGCCUUUAUGCUCUAGGCGACAACGGAGAACUUUUGAUGUCUAUCGAACACAUGGUCACAGUUUCGGUCUCCAGGCUAGAUGAAAGCGAUGCGCCAGCAAGAAAACUCCUGCACAGCGCUCAGUGGAAACCGCAGUUGAGUCUUUUAGACCCGAAGCAGCUAUCUCAGGCAUGCGUCACAAGUCGCGUCGUAAAGGAUGAUGCGUCUGCCCUCGCUCACCAUGUGGAGAUCACUUCAGUCAUGAACCUGGCACUAUCCAGAGUCCUAAGAGGGAUGACUGCAGCAGACUAUGAGAAAGUCCCUGCGUCCCUUCAACGGCACAUUGAGUGGAUUAAGCACCAUGUCAGCAUGCUGCAGCCGGCUGAGAGGGACGACCCAGACGCCCCUGUGACUGACGAAGACCUUGAACAGCGUCUCCAACAUAUCGAGGUCAUUCAUCCAUCAUGGAGGCUGCACACUAACGUAGUGCGUGAGCUGAAGAACAUUCUGAUUGGCGAGAAGGAUCCUCUCGAGGUUAUUUUUGACUCGGAUCUCGCCGACGUCUUCUACGCCGACAUGUUCUCCCAGAUUUGCGAUGUGCGGCUACGCAAUUUCCUCGAGUUGGCUUCUCACGAGAAUCCCAACCUGCGAAUCCUCGAAGUCGGUGCUGGCACCGGUGGCUUCACCGGUCAUGUCCUGGGAGCAUUGCAAUCACUUGAAAAGGAGUCGGGUGGGCUGAAGCUGGCUGAGUAUACAUACACUGAUAUUUCGCCAAUGUUCUUCGAUCGUGCUCGCGAGCGCUGGAAGGCGCUCGAAGGUCGUAUAAACUUUAGAACUCUGGAUCUGGAGCGGACACUCGAAAGCCAGGGAUUCGAAGUUGGAUCUUACGACCUCGUCGUAGCUGGGAGUGUGUUGCACGCCACAGCAGACCUGGUAUGCACCAUGAAGAAUGUGCGAACCGCACUCAAACCAGGUGGUAGGGCAUUGAUCCUCGAGGUGAUUGCACCAGAAGAUGUCGCAGUAAACUUCUCGUUCGGCCUUGUUCCGGGGUGGUGGCUUGCGCGUGAGGAAUGGCGCAAGAUGUCUCCGCUGCUGAACGAAGAGCAGUGGAAUACCUGCUUGCAAAAGAGCGGAUACUCUGGUAAUGAUCUUGUGCUCAGGGAUCACGAUGAAGACGGGUGUCACAUUUGCAGCAUUAUAGUCUCGACGGCCACGGAAGAAGCAAAGCCGCCUACGAAUUCUAACCAUACGAGGAUUUUCUUGGUUAUCGAUGAGAUCUCCGAAAAGCAAGCUGAGCUUGCAAGCCUCAUCUCAAAGUAUAUAAGUGAGAGCUGGACUGGACAUCAAAGCAGCGUUUGGUCCCUGCGAGACUUCGAGACUGGCAGUCAGACCCCAGAAGAUGUCGUCAUUUGUCUGGCAAGCCUCGACACCCCUUUCCUGCUCGAUAUGACCCAGAACAAACUCUCCUGGCUACAAAGUCUCAUGCGCAAUACAAAGAAGUUGCUUUGGAUAACAGCAUCGGACGUGGGUGAUUUCAGAUUACCCUUUUAUGAUCAGGCGCAAGGCUUCUUCCGCUCUUUGCGACUUGAGGCAGCCGACAGCCAAAUCGUUACACUGGCAAUCGAGUCUCAGGGGGUGACUAACGUGAAAAGUUUUGCACCACUUGUGAAAAAGGUUCUCCAAGUAUCUUUCCUCGACUCCUCUUCUGAUGAGCUCGAGUACGUGGUGCGCAACAAUCUCCUCGGGACCUGUAGGGCAGCCGAGAACAUCAAUGGCAACGCCGCACUUGACGCCCUCCUCCGUCCACGACUCCAUCACAAGACCUGGUCCUCGGGACCAGCACUUUCGCUCUCAAUUAAGACAGCCGGAACGCUCGACUCGCUAUGUUUCAUUGAAGAUACUACGUACGGCACGGAGCUUGCAGCAGAUCAGAUCGAGAUCGAAGCCAAGGCCUGGGGAGUGAACUUUCGCGACAUCUUACAGGCGCUAGGCCGCCUGGAUGAAAAGACGUUUGGCGCGGAUUGCGCCGGUGUUGUCACGAGAGUUGGAAGUGCCUGUGACGGUUCGAUCCAGGUCGGUGACCGGGUUUGCAUGAUGUUGCCGGGCUGCAUGCGCCGAUAUCCGCGCGCACCCGCGACAUCUGUGAUCAAGAUCCCCAGAAACGAUAUGACUUUUGCAGCUGCGGCUGCUUGUCUUACUCCAGGCAUGACAGCAUACCACGCGCUCGUCAACGUUGCGCGGAUCUCAAAGGGGGAGACGAUACUCAUCCAUUCAGCAGCGGGCGGCACUGGGCAGAUGGCUGUGGCCAUUGCUAAGAUGCGAGGGGCGGUUGUAUAUGCAACUGUUGGAAGUGAAAAGAAGAAGAGGUUCCUGGCAGACGUUUUGGGGAUUCAAGAGGGCCAUAUCUUCCACAGCCGCAACACAUCAUUCUCCAAGGGCGUCAUGCGUGUUACAGAGGGGCGCGGUGUCGACGUCGUGCUCAACUCACUGUCCGGCGACAGUCUCCGAGCUUCUUGGGAAUGUAUGGCACGCUGCGGACGUUUUGUUGAGAUUGGAAAAGCCGACAUACUGGCUAACUCUGGGCUGCCUAUGUCGGUGUUCUCAAGGAACGUAAGCUUCUCGGCAGUAGACUUGCGCGAGAUCAUCGGGGAAGACCCCCAGCUUACUGCUGAGCUGCUGCAGAAUACUAUACAUCUGGUCUCUACCACGGGUGCUUCUCCGUCUCCGGUUCAAUCAUUCCCUGCCUCUCAAAUUGAACAAGCCUUCCGGACACUUCAAAAUGGCACAAAUAUUGGCCGUAUAGUGAUUGAGCCUUCUCCAGACGAUGUUGUUCCUCAAUAUCUCCUAGAUCAAAGACCUUGGAAAUUUGACAGCAACGCAUCAUACCUCAUUGCGGGAGGCUCUGGAGGCAUAGGCCGUGCUCUCAUAUCAUGGAUGGUAGACCGCGGGGCCAAGUUCUUGAUUGUGCCAUCGAGGUCUGGAGCUUCGUCGAAGGCGGCGGCAAAUCUCUUUGCUGAAUUUCAAGCUCGAGGAGUUUGCAUUGUCGCACCCAAGUGUGAUGUGGCCUCAAAGACCGCAUUGUCAGAUGCGCUCGAGGAUUGUUCGCGUACAAUGCCCCCUAUCAAAGGCUGUAUCGACGCGGCAUUGGUCCUGCAGGAUGCCAUGUUCGAGAACGUAACUUUGGAUCAAUGGGACCUUGCUGUCAAGGCAAAGGUGGACACGGCAUGGAAUCUGCACUGCCUUCUUCCCAAAGACCUAGAUUUCUUCAUCUUGCUUUCUUCUCUCGCUGGCAUUGUCGGCCAGAUGGCGACGGCCAACUAUGCCGGAGGCUGUACCUUUCAAGAUUCCCUGGCGCGCUACCGUGUCGCGCAUGGACAAAAGGCGGUUUCCCUCGACAUUGGUUGGAUGCGAGAUAUUGGCAUCGUCGCCGAAACAGCCGCGUUCCAGCGCCAGCGUCUUGCUACAGAGGACAUGCAACAGAUUGACGGUCGCGAUCUCAUGGCACUGAUGACUCUUUGCUGCGAUCCUGCAGCCCCUCUAAUGACCCCAGAACAGAGCCAAAUGCUUGUGGGGUUGCUGACACCGGCAGACUUCCUUGCCAGGGGACAGACACCUCCGGCUUUGUUAGACCGACCUCUGUUCGCCACCUUUUCACGCGUGGUGGGCGCCCAGUCAGGUUCCAGUGCUGGUCAAACUGCGGAUCCGGCCGCACUGUUCCGAGCCGCUGCCGACGCUGAAGAGAAGGUCCAGGUCGUCAUCAACUCGCUGGUGGCCAAGCUGGCUCGUGCCAUGUCCAUCUCUCCUGCAGACGUGGAGCACUCUAAACCACUUUCGAACUAUGGUGUCGAUUCUCUGAUGGCGGUUGAGCUUCGUAACUGGAUCAGACGAGAUUUUGCUGUGCCCUUGGCUGUCUUUGAUAUCAUGGGAGGUGUACCCAUCUCGGCAGUGGGAGAGUUGGUGGUUGCCAGGAGUACUCUUUCCCAAUAG